GCUCGUCACUCUCCAGCAGGCUGCGUGGCUUUAAGCCGACAACACACCGAGCAGCGAACUUUGUUUUACUUUGUUUUCUACGCGUGUGUAAACUCAAAUCUCGCCACGCGAACAAAUGGCUCAACAAUUUGCUGAAAGCUUUGGGGACGAUACAUGUUUUAAACCGGAAGGUGGAUUUGUCUAACUUGUGUCAAACUUCAAACAAAGCAACAACGGAGGAAGUUGUAACCGAGAUAAAGGAAUCCCGGAUCUGAUCUGCGCCUAUCAAGGUUGGCGUCAAGAUGUCUGUCAGCAACCACGAAAACAGAAAGUCACGCUCCAGUUCGGGCUCGAUGAACAUCCAGCUCUUCCACAAGACGUCCCACGCAGACAGCCUGUUGACGCAGCUCAAUCUGCUCCGCAAACGCAAAGUCUUCACAGACGUCGUCCUGAAGGCCGGAAACAGAUCGUUCCCCUGCCAUCGGGCCGUGCUGGCCUCCUGUAGCCGGUACUUCGAGGCCAUGUUCAGCGGGGGUCUCAGGGAGAGUCGAGACGCAGACGUUAACUUCCACGACUCUCUCCAUCCUGAAGUGCUGGAGCUCCUGCUCGAUUAUGCCUACUCGGCCAGAGUCAUCAUCAACGAGGAGAACGCAGAGUCCCUCCUGGAGGCAGGCGACAUGCUUCAGUUUCACGACAUCAGGGAUGCGGCAGCAGAGUUUUUAGAGAAGAACCUCCACCAAUCGAACUGUUUUGGGAUGAUGCUGCUGUCGGAUGCCCAUCAGUGCCAGAGACUGUACGAGCUGUCAUGGAGGAUGUGCCUGGCUGACUUCGCCACUCUAUUCAAAACAGAGGACUUCCUUAGCCUGCCCAGAGACAAAGUCCAGGAACUGAUUCUUAGCGAGGAGCUGGAGGUGGAGGACGAGAGCCUGGUGUACGAGGCUGUGAUUGACUGGGUGAAGGCUGAUAUGGAGCGCAGACACAGCGAGCUGCCCGAGCUCCUGCGGUGCGUCCGCCUGGCGCUGCUUCCUGAGACAUACCUGCUGAAGAAUGUGGCUUCAGAGGAGCUGGUGAUGUGCCACAAGGUGGGGCGGGAGAUUGUGGAAGACGCGGUGCGGUGCAAAAUGAGGAUCCUUCAGAACGACGGGAUUGUAACGGGGUUCUGUGCCCGGCCGAGGAAGGUGAGCCAGGCACUGCUGCUACUAGGAGGACAGACCUUCAUGUGUGAUAAAAUCUACAUGAUUGACAACAAGACCAAGGAGAUCUGCCCCAAAACAGACAUCCCCAGCCCCAGGAAAGAAUGCAGCGCGUGUGCUAUUGGUUGCAAGGUUUAUGUUACUGGAGGGCGUGGGUCUGAAAACGGAGCCUCCAAAGACGUCUGGGUGUAUGACACAUUACACGAUGAGUGGUCCAAAGCUGCGCCUAUGCUGGUCGCGAGAUUCGGACAUGGAUCAGCAGAGCUCGACCACAUGCUGUUCGUCGUGGGAGGACACACUUCGCUCGCAGGGUCCUUCCCUGCAUCUCCAUCUGUGUCUCUCAAACAGGUGGAGCAGUACGACCCUCAGACCAACAAAUGGACCCUGGUGGCUCCGCUCAGAGAGGGUGUGAGCAACGCUGCCGUAGUCGGUGCCAAAAACAAACUCUUUGCCUUCGGGGGCACCAGUGUAAACAGGGACAAAUACCCCAAGGUGCAGUGCUUUGACCCUUGCCAAAACCGGUGGUCAGUGCCAGCAGCCUGCCCGCAGCUGUGGCGCUACACCGCAGCGGCUGUGGUCGGAAACCACGUUGUGGUGAUUGGAGGGGACACUGAAUUCUCAGCCAGUUCUGCUUACCGCUUCAACAGCGAGACGUACCAGUGGUCGAAGUUCGGUGACGUGACGGCCAAACGGAUCAGCUGCCAUGCGGUGGCAUCAGGAAACAGACUAUAUGUGGUUGGGGGCUACUUUGGAGCUCAGAGGUGUAAGACAUUAGACUGCUAUGAUCCAUCGUCAGACUCUUGGGACAGUGUGACCAGCGUGCCCUACUCACUCAUUCCCACUGCUUUCGUCAGCACAUGGAAGUACCUCCCAGCAUAGAGACAGGUGCUCUGACUCUCUGAUGUUUUUACGAUCGGCCACGGUGUCUGGUAUGCAGCCAUGUGUACUCCCACUUUGCCGAGGAGGACGGAGAGGAAGAGUUUGUGUAUUCCUGCUGUGGCUUCAUGCAGCCAGAAUCACAUUAUCUUCAGCUGCAACUGCCAUGAAACAGCCCAGAGACUAAAAGUCUGCGGCCUCUUCUCCACCUGAUCUGUUUACUGAUACUGCUCGUGUAACUUUCCCAUGUAGGUAGCCUGAGCUGGACUCGUUGCUAUGUACUGCACAAGCGUCUCAAGAUAGUAAAGAUGUCUGCUCUUGGACCUUCUUACUUUUUCUACUGUGACUGUCUCAGCCCACACUGCUCCACUGACUAACUCCAUCAUCAAACCAGUAGAUUACCAGUUUAACAGACUCCAUAAGGAUCUGUCGCUGGCACGACAUCAAAAAAAAGAAAGCACGCUGUCCUUUUUAUGUGGUUUCCCUCGCCUUCUGACACCGCACGUUUCCUCAGGUGUAAUUUAUUUGGACUGCUGAUAGACUGAAUUAGACCUUUGCUGUAACCGGCACAUGGGGAAGGAGAACAGACGUUCAGGGUAGUGUAUGAUUUUGUGCACAGAAACAAUCUUCCUGUCUAUAUUUUUAGACUUUGGACUCGGGCUUCCCUCAAUUUUGGUGAACUAAAUUUGUAUCAUCCUCCUCGACUUAAAAUACACGCUCUGUAGAGACAGAGAAUGUGGCCCAUUAUGGCUGAAGAAGAUGCGAUUUUGUUUGAAGUUGUUUUUUUUUUUUUUUUGUUUUUACGUCUGUGUUUUGUGUCUCAGGGUUAUGUUGAGUAUGCAUGUAUUUGUACAAGGAAGAGUAAGAUUUCUUUUUGUUUUGAAAUAAUUAUUUUGUGAAUGUAUUAUUUUGUGAUAAACUAUUUUAUAGAAUCUCUUGGUUUCAGAGUGCAUUGAUUGACAAUGUUUCGCCAAUGGAAAAGUAUGAUACUGCUGUGGCAGUGGUCAUAUUUCAAACAGAAAGGUUGCCAAAUCUGAAUAACUAACCAUCGUUUCCUUCUGACUUCAAUAACAAAAGCUAAAUAUGUUGAAAGUAGACAGUAAAUACUUUGUAGCUAUAAUGUUGAUUUUGUCAUGUACUUUUUCAGGACCUUUAAUGGAAGUCUUCUGUGUGUACAGCUUGUUUUUUUUUUACUUUUGUCAUUUGUAGAAGCCUUUGAUUUUGCACAUUUUGUACAAAGAAACCUCUUCAUUGUCUUAAUUUUUUGUAACUUUGUCUUAACCCAGCUUGGGUAGUGUGAAUAAUCAAAGCCCUUUUUGUAGCAAAUUCUCUAUCCUUCUUAAAAAAUUACUCUGUGUGCAACUCUGCAGUUUUCCAAAUAUAUCGAAGUAAAUAUGAAAUACAGCGAUAUAUAAAGCUCUUACUGGUACACCAUCUGUUACUUCAUCUUCUGCAGCUUGUAAUUCAUCAAUAAAUAUCUGAACAAACAUA